AUGGCCCAGGUCCAAACUCAACCUCAGCCAAAGGCCCAUCCACAAGCCCAUCCUCAGUCAAUGGCCCAGGUCCAAACUCAAUCUAAGCUGAAGGCCCAUCCUCAAGACCAUCCUCAGUCAAUGGCCCAGUCCCAAACUCAGCCUCAGCCAAAGGCCCAUCCUCAAGCCCAUCAUCAGGCAAUGGCUCAGACUCAAAUUCAUUCACAGUCCAUGGCCCAUCCACAGUCAAUGGCCCAUGGCCAGGGUAAAGCCCAUAUUCAGUCGAUGGCCUGGCCAAGUCAGGUUGAAUCUUUGACUCAACAUCAAACCCAGGCUCAACAUGUCAUCCAGCCUCAGGUUCAUUCUCAGCCUAUGACUCAGUAUUCUGCACAUGCUCAACCAUCAGUCCAGCUCCCGGGACAGAUCUUACAGGGCCAGCUACAGCCUUGGACUCAAGUCAGAGCCUCAUCUCCAAUAUCUGUCCAGCAUCCACAGGUUCAACCUCAGCUUUUCCCUCAGGGUUACCCCCAGGCACAAUCUCCAUCCCAGCUGUGGACACCCAAACAAGACCUACAAAACCAAGCCUUUACCCAGCAGAGACAUCCCAUUCCGCAACCAUACAUUCAGCAAAUAGAUCAAGCUUUACAGUCUCAGGUCUAUCCAACAGUUCAGGUCCUACCACAGUGGACCCAAAGUGGGCCCCAGCAAGGACCUCAGAUAAGGACACCUGGGUAUUCUCACAUGGGACAAUCAUAUACUCAUCCUCAAAUACAGCCACAAAUACAACACCAAGCCUUGGCUCAAACACAACCCCAGAUGAGGCCCCAAAGUCCCAUGCAACAACAGAUGAGAGCUUAUAAUAUUGUUCAGACACAAGGCCAAGUAGUGCCGCAAAUGUGUGUACGCCAGCGCCAGCCUCAUCCACAGUCUCCUUCUCAGCAAUAUUCACAGGUCCCGCAUCAGCCUGAAACUCAGCAUCAGCCCCAGAUGCAAAUUCAAAUACCUCAACAAUCACAAGUGCCACAUCCAACCCAUCCUCAGUUUCCUACACAGCCCCAAGUCCAAACAAAGCUGCAGGCCUCAUCGCAAACCCUUAUUCAGACACAGCAAUCAGUACAGACAAAGCCCCAUGCUCAGACUCAGCAGCCUCAGCUCAAUGUUCAGUCCCAGGAGCCUCCUCCACAACCCAAACAGACCCAACUACAACCACAACUGAAAAUUCAGCCAGCAGCUCAACCAAAAAGGGAAAUACCUUCACAGCCAAAGCCUCUAGCCCAGUUAGCACCACAACCAGAGGUUCAAUCCACAACUCAAACUAAGACUGGAUCACUGCCACAAUCUGUACCUGAGCCCCAGUUGCCACCAAAACCCGUGGCUCUGUCACCAACCCAACCCAAGGAUGGAUCACCUCCGCAAUCCAAGUCACAGCCACAAACUGAGACUCAAAUACCAACUCAAACAAAGGUUCAUUCUCAAACCCAACCUAAGACUGCAUCACUGCCACAACCUGUCCCUGAGUCCCAGUUGACACCACAGCCCACAGUUCAGUUACCAACCACACCCAUUGAUGGAUCACCUCCACAGUACAAGUCACAGGCCCAAAAAGCACCACAACCUGAAGCUUCAUCACCAUCUCAAACAAAGGUUCAGUCACCAACCCAACUCACAUCCCAAUCUAUGCCACAACCUGUACCUCAGGCACAGCCCCCACCACAGCCCCAACUUCAGGCUCAGUCACCACAGUUACCCAAGGCCCAACCUAGCGCACAUUCCAAGGUUCAAUCACCCCCACAGGCCAGAUCUCAGAUCCAACCACUUCCUCUACAGUCCCAAACAAUUGUACUCUCUCAGGUCAAUGUGCUACCUCAGUCCCAGGCUGAGUCUCCUGACCUCAUCAAACCCCCGGCGCUGGCUCAGGCACCUCCACAGGCUUACACAGAGGCUUAUGCCAAGGCCCAGGCUUUGGCCAGAAAUGGCUUUGAGGAGGCCAAGCACUGCCUGCAGGAGCACAUCCUGGAAGCCAUCAACGUCUUCAGAGACAAACACAUAUCACCCGAACAAGCGUCAGUGAAAGAGGAGACCCUGAAGACCCUGGACCCAGAGUUGCUGGAGGAGUUCCUCAGAGCAGCCAAGGGCAUGGAGGCCUUCUGUACCCCCCCACAGCUCAGAGACAUGGAGUUCUUCACCCAGUCUGUCAGAUCUCAGUGGGAGGCUUGUUUUGCAGUGGAUGGCAGCUUUGCUCAGGCAGGGCAGCACCUUCAGGCCUUGAAGGAGCUGUGCGACACCCUGAGCCCGGAGGACGCUCACCGCCUCGCCCAGACGCAGCUGAGGGAGUGUGAGAAGAGGCUGGCUGCCAUCCAGCACCAGUUCAGCGGAGACCAAGAGACACCACUCCCCGAUUCUAGGAUCCCUGUUGCCUUCAGUGAGGAUGUGACCACACAAGAGGAGCACGAGAUACCUCAAGUCUCAGCUGAGGUUUCCCAAGUGACGGUAAAGACGGUCAGUGUGGAGAGGAGGGAGGUUGAGAAGCAGACGUCAGUAGAGGAGGACGUCACCAAGAAGGAGGCUUUUGAGAGAUAUGAGAACUGUAAGAGGACCCUACAUGCACAGCUUUCUAAAAACGAACAGAGCAUCAAGGAUAUCCCCUCGGACUCCACCUCUCUGAAAGGCUUACACACACGUUUGCAGGAAAUACAGUUCUUGAGGCAGGAGACGGAGUCCCUGUGGUCUGAGUAUGGAAACCUGUGCUCCCAGUGUUCCCAGUUGGGUGGUAACACUGGUCUGGAGCAGGAGAAGGUGGAGCUGCAGGAGCAGUGGCGCAGCCAACAGUGUAACCUUCAGAGGAGAGGCAGCUCGCUGGGCGCCGCCCUCAGACAGGUCGACUCCACAGAGAACCACAUGGUGGACUUCUCCGACCGCCUGGACCGGUACCUGAGGCAGCCCAAAGACAUCAGCGCCUUCACACUGGCCAACACCAACAUCCUGAAAGAUAUUAAGGAACUAGAUGAGAACAUCCAGAGUGAGCUGGACCAGCUGUCCCGUCUGGACCAUGAAUCCAGCGACCUGGACCCCAGAGACUGUUUCCCUCUGUCCCGCGAGGUCGAGACCCACAGAACCAGCCUAGAUCAGCUCCGACAGCAGGUCCGCAAGAGUGAGGCUGCCGCCCGCGCCCUCGACCGGUUCCUCAUGUCACUGCGCACUGUGGAUGAAGACAUCUCCGGAGUCCAAGGUGCCCCCUGCAGUGAUGCUACGAUACUGCAGGACGGUCGAUCCAAGCUGGCUCUGAUCAGGCAGAGCAUCGACAGUCUGAAAGAAAAGGCGCCACAGCUGGAUCUGCUCCUGCAGGGAGCCAGACUGACGGUCACCAGGGAUGGUGUCCCAGCCUCCUGCCUGGACAUGGUGACGGCUCUGCUGAGGCGGCUGGAGGAAGCUGACAGUGGUUUGGCUGUUCAGCAGCAGGGGCUCGUCAAGGAGACCCAGAGUAAAUCCCUGGGCCUGAGGAAGAGGGCGCUGCUCGCUGAGCUGAGGAAGCUGCAGGAUAUGAUUGAAACACAAAGCCUGAAGGAGCCCACCAUACCUGCAGUGCAGCACAGGCUUCGUGCCCUGUCAGAUCUGGAGGUCCAGCUGCAGGCCCAGCGUGCCGAGCUCCAGAACCUCCGUGAACUUCAGGAGAAACAGGGAGAAGCAGAGCACCUCAUGCAGGAGGUAGAGACGCAGUGGAAGGAGACUCACAAAGGUUUCUUUGAAAGGAAGAAGCGUUGUGACGUCCUGCUGGAGAAUCUGAAGAAGUUUCAGAGCUGCCGCAGUCACCUGAGCAACACCCUGCAGAGAGCGGAGCAGACCAUCGGUGAUCAGGCUUCCUACAUGGGCAAAGACAACCUGUACAGAAGUAUUACCAAGGUCAGUGACACUAAGGAGGAGCUGGCUGGUCUCAGGGAGCGUAUGGAGGAGAUGAGAGGUGUUUGCAAACAGCUGCAGUCUCAGCUGAAGACGCUCCCAGACUGCAGCCAGUCUUCGUUUGAAGCAGAGGCUGAUACUCUGAUGGACAACUGGCUGGAUGUGACAGAGAAGACGGAUGCGUACAUUGACAACCUCAAGGUGGGACUGGAGCUGUGGGAGAAGCAGCUGAUGCUCGGCGGGGAGGUGGAUAACUGGGCCGGAGCAAAACUCGCCCUGUUUGCAGAGAGUCAUCCCUUCUACAACGAGCGAGAAGUUCUUGCCAUGAGGGAUGAGAUCCAUGCAAAUGAGGAGAACAUUGAACAUUUCCACAAGAAGUCAGUGGAGAUCCAGGAAAUGCUGCAGGGUCAGGAGGCUCCGCUGGAACUGCAGGUGAUGGAAACCCAGCUGAGGAAGAGGAUGGAGCAGGUGAAGGAGCUGUUCACCGACUGCACCGACGUGUUUGAGGAGCUGAUAGCUGUGAAGAAACACCUCGCUGAGAAGAUCCACGAGUGUCAGACAGCUGUGCAGAGCAUCCAGUGUUCUCUGAGUAAAGUCGAUGCUUCAGGGCCACAAGUCGAGGCCCAGCUACAGGAUCUGCUCACUAAUCUGGAGACUCAGCAGGAGCAGGCCGAGGCUGUGUUGAAGGAGGUGCGUUUGGUUUCCAGUGUGGCCAGUCCUCAGGUGCUGGAAGCUCUGUCUGUGGACUGCAGCCGACUAACAGAGGCCAUCUCCCGCACUAAGGACAUGAUUCACCUGAAGAAAGAGGAACGGGACAAGGGCCUGCUCAAAGUGCUCAAAGAUGAGAGGCAGUCCUUUGAGGAAUGGUUCCAGGACUUGCAGCUGUCUGUCAACGAGUGCUUCGAAAACCCUGAGAGCAAAACAGAUGUGGAGACGUCUCUGCAAAGACUCACUGCUUUCUUAAAAUCCAAGGAUGCAGAGCGACGUCUGGAUCAGAUGAAAGUUCAGCUGGAGAAAGGCAGAGAGCAGAUUCCUCCCCAGCAGCUCUCUGAGCUCAGCGGCUGGAUGAAGGAGCAGCAGGAGGAGGUGGGAACGUUCAGAACCCACUGCCACAACAGGCAGCAGCAAAUGAAGACACUCCUCAGUGACCUGAACAGUUUACAAAAGCAGCAUGACAGCUUCCGUGAGUGGCUGCAGACCAAAGAGAAACAGUCUGUGGUGUCGGACAAAGACAAACGUCUUGUCCAAGAGCUUCAGGAUCAGAGUGGUCGAGCGGAGACCCUGAGUGUGCUGUUAGCAUCAGUGCGCAGACAAGGCGUCAGAGGGGAGACCCUCCUGAAAGACGGCGAUAACCUGAUCCAACGCUACAGAAACCUGGAGGCUCGGCUGCAGGCCAAGGCCCAGACUGACCUGGAGGGGGAGUGCGACAGGUUCGAUUCCCAGGCUGAGAGCACCAGGACCUGGAUCGGAGACCUUCUGCAACCCCUCAGCUCCACUGACGUCCAGACGGAGGAGAUGAAGUGCAAAGCACAGAUGAUCCUGAGCUCCAAACCUGAGGGAGAAUCUAAGAUGAACAACCUGUGGACACAAAGCCAGAGUCUGUGUGAGCAGGAGGAGCUGGACGAGAGGAGGAGACAACAAGUCCUCCAGUCGGUCAGAGAAACAGAGAAGCAGUGGACGGCCGCCCUGCAGACGGCAGAGGAGGCUCUCAACAAGGUGGAAACUCAAGCUCUGUUAGACAAAGACAUGUGUGCUUUCAAAACCCAGAGUGAAAAUGUCCAGUCCUGGAUAAGAGACCAGGAACAGAACCUGCAGUCUGUCAGCGGACACGUGCCAGUCGAGGAGAAGCUGCAGAUCUCACAAGCUACUCUCAACUCCAGACCUGAGGGAGAGUCAAAGCUCCACGAGCUGAAGCAACAGUGUCAGAGACUGUGUGACAACCAGGCGAUGGACGACAGCAGGAGACAUGAGGUUCAGGACGCAGUCAGACAGGGAGAGGAGCAGUGGGGGAAAGUGUUGAACGCUGCAGAGGAGGCUCUGGACAAGGCGAAGACCGAAGCUGCGUCCGACAGAGAGUUCGAUUCUUUCAAAACCCAAAGUGAACACACCCAGACCUGGAUGAAGGAGCAGAAGCAGCAGCUGUUGUCCCUCAGUGGUCCCAUGCAGUGUGAGCAGAGGCUACAGAUUUCACAGGCUGUUUUAAGCGACUCGCCCGAGGGCGAGACGAAGGUGCUCGACCUGAAGAGACGAGGCGAGAGUCUGUGCGAUGGCCUGGAGCAGAACAGGAGGUCUGAGCUGCAGCAGCUGGUGGAGGACGCGCAGCAGCAGUGGAGGACGGUCCUGCAGGCUGCUGGACAGGCUGAGCUCAGAUGUCUCUCAGACGACUUUGACACGCAGAGUAAAAACACUCAGUCGUGGAUCAGAGACAGACAACAGACGUUACAGUCCGCCGGUUGUCACACACCACCUGAGGAAAGAUGUCGCACAGCUCAGAGCGUCUUGGGCUCCAGACCUGAAGGAGACUGUCAGGUCAACAAUCUGAGACGACGAGGUCAGAGUCUGUGCGACCACAGAGACGCAGACGAGGGCAGGAGGCUGCACGUCCAGCAGACGGUCCGAGACACGGAGGAGCAGUGGAGGACGGUCCUGCAGGCAGCCAGUCAGAUGAAGGAUAAUGCAGACGCUCAGGUCACCAAGGAGACGGAGAGGAGGAACCUGGAGUUGAGAGAAUUCGAUGCCCAUCAGCAGGACGCCGGGCGCUGGCUCACAGACUUCCAACAACGAGUGAGCUCACUGAGCAGCAGAACCAAAGCUGAGGACAAGCUGCUCACAGCACAGGACAUUUUGCUCUCCAAACCUGACGGAGACUCCAAACUCCAGGAGCUGAAGAGACGAGGCCUGAGCCUGAGCCGACAGGACCUCGAGGAACAGAAGAAACGGGAGGUUGAGCGACAAGUGAGAGACGCUGAGGAUCAGUGGAGCAGAGUCCUGCAGGAGGCUAAACAGGCCCUGGAUCAGGCUGAGAAGCAGUGUGCUCUGGAGGGUCGGCUGAGGGACUACGAGACCCUGAGAGAAAAAACCAGAGCCUGGCUGCAAGACAAGCAGCAGAGCCUGGUCUCUGUGGAUGCUCAGAUGGAUCCAGAGGAGAAGAUAAUGACCGCACAGACGAUCCUGAGCUCAAGGCCCGAGGGCGACUCCAAGCUGACCGAGCUGAGGAGACACAGCCAGAGUCUGUCUGACCAGGAGGACCUGGAGGAGAGCACGAGACGAGAGGCCGAGCAGACGGUGAAAGACUCGGAGGAGCAAUGGAGGACGGUUCUUCAAACCGCAGAGAACACUCUGAAGAAAGCCGAGGUCCAGUACUCGCUCUCCAGGGAAAUGGAGGCCCUGUGUGCCCAGGCAGGGAGCACUAAACGCUGGGUGAAAGAUCUGCAGGAACAGGCCGACUCCAAAGGGAAAGGCCCUCGGGGUAGUCAGGCUCAGCUGGAGGACAGGCUGACCACAGCACAGGUAAUUUUAAGCUCCAAGUCCAACGGUGAGGCUCAAGUGACGGAGCUGAAGAGACGAGCUCAGAGUCUCUGUGGACAAAAAGACUUUGAGGGGGAGAAGAAGCUGGAGGUUCAGCAGAAGGUGUCAGACAUCGAGGAGCAGUGGAGGACGCUCCUUCGUUCUGCUGAAGAAACUCACAGAGAGCUGAAGGGUGUCGUGGAGCAGCUGGUGUCCUGUCGCCACAAGCGAGGCCAGGCCGAGGCCCAACUGGCCGAGAUCCAGAAGCAGACGUCCAACCUGCCGCUCGUCUUCCCUUGGCCCGGCCUGGGAGAGCGGCGGCAGGCGGUGGAACAGGCGCAGGCCCUGCUCGACCGGAGCACGGCCCUGGCCCCGGUCCUCUCCGACGUGUGCACGCAGACUGAGAAGCUGUUUGACAUCACAAAGGACCCGGGCUGGGCCGAUCCGUCCUGGGCAGCAAAGGAGGAGUCGAUCCCUGCUCUGCUGAAAGAGCUGACGGCUGCAGUGGCGAACCUGGAGCAGGGCGUCCUGACGGAGAGGCAGUGCACUCAGCUGGUGGAGCAGCACGUGGCAGCUCAGGACUGGCUGAGGGAGCAGGUGAAAGGCCUGGCAGCUCCUCCAGAGGACAGACAGGGUCUGCACGGAGCCGUCAACACUCUGAAGGUCAGAUACUGGAACACUGACACUCUGAAG